UGAUGAGCAUGGAGAAGGGAAGGAACUGCUCAUGAUCUGAAGCGUACCACCUCAACUUAUGAUGUGGGCAUGUAUGGCUGCUAAUGGAACUGUUACCCUUGUAGUUCUUGACAAUGGGACUGCUGACAAAAGCGCAAGGAUGAAUUCUGAGGUGUAUAUGGCUAUAUUAUCUGCUCAGAUUCAGCCAAAAAUCUUCAAAGAUUAUUGGAGUUCUUGUGGACAAUAACCUGAAGUAUACUUUGAAAGCAACCCAAGACUUUUUUUUUUUUUUUUUUUUUUUUUUAAGGCAAGUGAGUGAAAUGCUCUGCAAUAGCCAGGAAAGUCACCUGACCAGAAUACAAUUGAGCAUGCAUUUCAUAGCAUAGCAAAGCUAAGCUGUAAUUGUUUUUUUUUUCUUUCUUUCUUUUUUCCCCCCAGGACUUAGUGCUGUUUGAGGAGUGAUGCUGCGGCUCCUGCUCCUUUUACUUUACUGGUGGAGCCAUGCUGGAGCUUCCCCAGAGUCCGCACACUCUGCAGCCCAUACAGGAGAUAACCCAAGGCCAUACAUAUAUUACUGCCGUUCUCCGAACAUGGAAACCUUUACUUGCUGGUGGCAUCCCCUUGACAACAGUCUCCAGGGAGAUGACAACAUCACCUACAGGCUCAUCUACACCCUUGGUAACGGGCCUCCCACAGAGUGUCCGGACUAUGUGAGUGGCGGGCCAAACAGCUGUUACUUUGACACAGAGCACACAGUGAUUUGGGAGGUGUACUGUAUGAACGUUACAGCACACACCAGCAGCGGUUCCUUCACCUCUAAGGAGCACUGUUUGGACGUGGCUGAAAUUGUCAAGAUUGAUCCACCUUUUAACCUCACGUACACUUUAAUGAACAUGACCAAGGAUGAAGCAGGUCACACCGUACUGGUGUCCUGGCAGUACCCCAUCGCCCAACAUGUCCAAAUCGGUUGGAUUACACUCAUCUACGAGCUCCGUUACAGACUUGCAACUGAGCCCAAUAACUGGAAGGUCAAGGAGCGGCUGCGUGAACCUCAUCUGGAGCUUCUAGGUUUGCCAGUGGGGAGGUAUGAGGUCCAAGUGCGCUGCCGCUCAAAAAACAACCACCUGUGGAGCAAGUGGAGCUCCCCAAUUACCAUCGUCAUUCCUUCUGGACACCUGCCUGAUCGCAUGUUGUAUGUUCUUAUACUAAUGGCUACCACUGUAGUCAUAAUGCUCAUAAUUGGACUUGGGGUCAUUCCACAAAGCAAGAGGAUAAAAGCUUUUCUCCUGCCACCUAUCCCCAAACCCUGCAUCAGAGGAAUCGAUCCCAUGUUUCUGAAGAAAGGCAAGAUGGAUGAAAUAAAUCAUCACUUUUCCUCCCUGCAAGGCUACAAGGCACCACACUACUGCGGGGAGUCGGUGUACCAGGUCAGCUUGGAUGAAGGUGUCUCAUUAUCUGAGAUGAGCUCUAUGUCUAGCAUCCAGGAGGAUCAGGAGCCACAAGGCAUACAGAGCCCUGACUGCACUGAAGACCAGCAGCUGCUUCACACCCCAGAUAGCUCUAAUUCUUUAUGCCCGAACCCCUCCUACUGUAGCAACAAGUCUUCGGGGGCGACCAUGACCCCCGAGACCCCUUUGUGGGCUUGGCCGGCGAAAAGCAACAUGCAGCCGGAGCUGCUCUCAUUCGCAGGUACCGAGUACAACAUGAUUGUAAAGCCCACCCUUACAAGUACCAGUGCUCUGCCCACCGCUCAGGAAUUCUACACCUGUGUGCAUAGAGUAACCACCAAUGAGAUGGUGCAGCUGGUGCCCUGCAUGUCACAUUCACACAAAGGCUCCCCCUAUUUUGAGCUAAAUGUUAAGUCAGAGGAGGACACAAAGAAGCUCAGACAAUUAGCAGCAUACUUGGAGAAACGGGUGGAGGUUCAAGCCGAUGACGUUGGGUUUUGCCCAGGAGUGGAGGAGCAGAUUGAGUAUGUUGUGUCUUUAUUAUCCCAACCGACAGACUAG